GGGCCUGGCUCUCUGCCUCUGGGUCUGGUAGUCUCCUCCAAAAAGCUGAAGUAAACCACCCGGGUCUGGGUGCACGAUGUCUUCCACUUCACUUUAUAACUUCCAGUCAUCCCACCCACCACAUCCGCAAUCUCGUCUUCUGAAAGAACUAUCUGUCGUUCCAAGACCAACUACCGAACAAAAUAACCUGAAAAGUGAAGGCAGAACAGGAGCUCCGAGGUUGCAAGCUUGCGUCCCCCCGACAACAUGCCUCCUCAACAUCAAUACUUCCACCCCCACCAAGAGGAAGCUGAGAGAUUGCUAUCUACUCAGCCUCAACCUUCCGAAUUGCAAGAAGAUAUCGAAGACGAAGAGGGGAAGGCUUACGAAUCCAACGAGAAGGUGGUGAUCGUCGGGAUUGACGAGUCUGGCAGCAUCGACUCGGAGGACUACUAUGCAAAUGCAAUUCCACCCUUCUCAUGGAAGAAACUUUGGCUGUUUACGGGUCCUGGGUUCUUGAUGAGCAUUGCUUUCCUCGACCCUGGAAACCUCGAGGGGGAUCUUCAGGCUGGAGCCAUUGCUGGCUACUCCCUAUUGUGGCUGUUGAUGUGGGCUACUGUUAUGGGGCUUCUGAUUCAGUUGUUAUCGGCCAGGCUCGGUGUCGCCACCGGGCGCCACUUGGCCGAGCUUUGUAGGGAUCACUACCCGACUUGGGCUGGCUACUUGUUGUGGUUUAUGGCCGAGUUGGCUUUGAUCGGAGCUGAUAUUCAGGAGGUUAUCGGAAGUGCCAUUGCUAUCAAGAUUCUUAGUCAUGGUGUCUUGCCUCUCUGGGCUGGCGUAAUUAUCACAGCUUUUGAUUGUUUCAUCUUCCUAUUUCUUGAGAACUACGGGGUGAGGAAAUUGGAAGCUGUUUUCGCAGUUCUCAUUGCUACCAUGGCAAUGUCAUUCGCGUGGAUGUUUGGUGAAACCAAACCUAGUGGAAAGGAACUUCUGAUAGGUGUUGUGGUGCCAAAAUUAAGCUCAAAGACCAUACGGCAAGCAGUGGGAGUUGUGGGUUGCAUUAUCAUGCCUCACAAUGUUUUCUUGCAUUCUGCUCUUGUACAAUCAAGGAAGAUUGACACUCAUAAGAAAGGCCGGAUUCAAGAGGCCCUCAAUUACUACUCCAUUGAGUCCUCUGCAGCUCUCUUUAUCUCUUUCUUGAUCAACCUGUUUGUUACAACUGUAUUUGCUAAAGGAUUUUAUGGUACAGAGCAAGCCAAUAGCAUAGGCCUAGUAAAUGCAGGCCAGUAUCUUCAGGAGAAAUAUGGGGGUGGACUCUUCCCUAUUCUUUAUAUAUGGGGCAUUGGAUUACUGGCAGCAGGACAGAGUAGCACCAUCACCGGCACAUAUGCAGGUCAAUUUAUUAUGGGAGGUUUUCUGAAUCUCCGUUUAAAAAAAUGGCUGAGAGCAUUAAUCACAAGAAGUUUUGCAAUUAUUCCAACCAUGAUUGUCGCACUUUUCUUUGACACCUCCGACAAAAUGUUGGAUGUCCUAAAUGAAUGGAUUAAUGUGCUUCAGUCAAUUCAGAUCCCUUUUGCAGUCAUCCCUCUUCUUAUCUUGGUAUCAAAGGAGCAAGUCAUGGGUGUUUUCAAAAUCGGACCUGCGUUUAAGGCUGUGGCGUGGAUUAUAGCCGCCCUGGUAAUAUUGAUCAAUGGGUUUCUUUUACUGGAUUUCUUCUCUUCUGAAGUAAAAGGACUGUUGUUUGGAACUUUAGUGUCCACAGCUACAGCAGCAUAUAUGGCAUUUAUUAUCUAUCUUAUUUUACAAGGUGGUGCCCUUUCCUCUUGCCCCAGCCUUAUUCACUCCAAGAAGUCGAUAGAUACAGGAAAUUGAGCAUGCAUUUUCCCCACUACAAAUACAGGAAAGUAUAGUUUUGAGAAGUCGUUUUGACCAUGUUGAUAUAUCACCUUUUCAUGCAUACUUCAACUUGGUAGCUCUUUUUAAGCAAUGUGGUACUUUUGUGCCCCUCUGCAACAUGGAGCAACUCAGGGUUCUUUCUAUAUGUCGAGGCACUCUGCCUUUCCAAGGAUAUGGAUGGCAACCGAAAGUAUUUAUCCACCAAACAUCACCCCAUGUAAAGAUCCAAACUGGUAUCUUUAUUUUUUUUUUCCAACAACAAGUGAUUUUUACAUUGUAACCAUAUAAACGUCCAAUAUUGUUAAUUAUGAAAAAAAAAAAAAAAAGAAUGAGAUAUAUACA